AUGGAGGAGUACGCUCGGGAGCCCUGCCCAUGGCGAAUUGUGGAUGAUUGCGGCGGAGCCUUCACGAUGGGAGUCAUCGGUGGCGGAGUCUUCCAGGCCAUCAAGGGCUUCCGCAAUGCCCCUGUCGGGAUUCGGCACCGGCUGAGAGGUAGUGCCAAUGCCGUGAGGAUCCGAGCCCCUCAGAUUGGAGGCAGCUUUGCAGUGUGGGGGGGCCUGUUCUCCACCAUUGACUGUGGCCUGGUGCGCCUGCGGGGCAAGGAGGACCCCUGGAAUUCCAUCACCAGUGGCGCGCUGACUGGCGCUGUGCUGGCUGCCCGCAGCGGCCCCUUGGCCAUGGUGGGCUCAGCAAUGAUGGGGGGCAUCCUGUUGGCCCUCAUUGAGGGCGUUGGCAUCCUCCUCACUCGCUACACUGCCCAGCAGUUCCGCAACGCACCCCCGUUCCUGGAGGACCCCAGCCAGCUGCCAUCUAAGGAGGGGGCCCCGGCCUCGGGCUAUCACGGCUACCACUGA